AUGAUCACCCUCAAGCCCUUCCCCGCCUUCCUGGGGUUGGUUUUCCUAUUCGUAUUCGCCCGUCCUGCUCUUGCUUUCGGUGCUGGUAACAUCGCUGGCAUCUCUCGAGUCGAGGGACAGAAUUGGCGUCAUGGAGAUAUUGAAGAUACCCUUCUAACCAUCUUAAUGGCUCGAGCCGUUGGAGGCAAGAAGUUCGACAAGCUUAUGGUAUCUCGUGUUUACUUCGGAAACUGGCUUCGAGAUUAUUCCCAGGCUAUUGAUGUCGGUACCGUCAAAGCUGUCUCGGCCGAAGCCAUCCGACUACUUCUUUGUGUCCUCGGCUUUUUGACCUUUGGAUACGGUUCCAAGGAAUUCGAAGUUACUGCUGAGCGUCUUGGUUGCUAUAGGCCAGAAGACCAUAUCGAUAACCCGAAGAACUAUGCCGACAACCAAGAUGCUCGACAAUAUGACCGCAGAUUGCGUGGCCCAGUUGAUGAGAGAGUUGAACUCGCCAUCGACCCGGAGACAGGCUUGAAGAACUACAUCGCGAACGAGCGUUCCAGGAUUAUGACAUCGGCACUUCACGUUAGGCGACUGUUUAGUCGCUGCAUUGAACUUGGUCGAUCUUACAAGCGAAACAACAGGAAGAGCGACCUACACGAGGCUCUGCGAUUGCUCGGUACUGGUCUUCACUGUCUUGAAGAUUUCCUUGCCCACAGUAACUACACAGAGCUGGCACUUAUCGAGCUAGGCGAGCGUGAUAUCUUCCCGCAUGUUGGUAGACGCUCUAGAAUCCAAAUCCCUGGCGCCCGGCACGAAGUCUACCCUUGUGUGACUGGAACUUUUGGAGGCGUCGACUUCCUACAUUCCGUUACUGGAGAAGUCUCGGAUAAGCUUACACAGAACGAGAUUCAAGAACUUGAGGGAACCCUUGAAGAGAGUUCAAGGAAGAACGAUACUAGCAUUCUGGAAGGACUCCUUGACAAAAUCCCGGAUGGAAUCUUUGGCGGCGACAACAAGAAACAGAAGAUGGAAGACAUCCAGAGCAAUGCUGCUAGCGCGCAGAUGGCCAAUACUUCCAUCUCUCCAAGGGAACCAGAGGAAUUUACUCGAUACAUCCAACAGGUCUACCAACAGGUUAUGCCUGCCAUUGAAUUCCACGAUGACCUCAUCAAGGCUAUUACCGAGGCAAUCGAGAAGAUCCCCGUCCUACCUCAACUUAUCGAACAGCUUGAGGAUCAGUUGUCGAUGUGGGUUUUCUCAAUUAUGGCGCCUUUUGUUGUUCCCAUCAUCCAGCAGGUCAAGAAUGAGCUUCGUACUGGCUCAUCAGAGAUUAUUGAGAGCAGCAAGAACGAGCAGCAUAUUGUCUUCGACGAUGAUGAAUGCACUGACCCAACACACUCUAUGCUCUCUAAGGACCAUUUCUCCAACAUCCUUAACGAAAUUGCGGGUAAGACUGCUAGUAAGGUCGUCUAUUGGGUAGUUCCUCAGAUUAUGGACGCCUGGGAUGAUGAGAGAGUCGACGUGGACCGUCUGAAUGACCGCAUAAUUAACGGAGUCCUCCACCACCCGGCUCAGCGCGACAUGGGAGAGGAUGGAGCCCGCGAUGGUCGACAGAUCAUGUUCCGUUCCGUCGAGGAAUGGUGGAGCCAGAUGGACGAGGAUGCGAAGGAUGAAUACCGCCAGAAGCUCUCUCGCGAUGGCGUCCUAAACGGCGAAAACCACAAGGAAGGAGUUGAGGACUCUGGCCACGGCUGCGGAAAGCCUCUUGGUAUGCACAAGAACUUUGGUCAAGGUGGAAAUGCUGAAGACCGUAUUACCAACGCCGCUGCUGAUGCCAUCGUCGGAGGCGUUACUGGCGGUAUCUCUGACUUUGUCAAGACUCAAUCUGGUGGGCAGAUCAACUUGCCGAACUUCGGAGGGCAGGAGUCUAGCAGUUCCGGUGGUGGAGGUGGAGGACUCCUGGGAGCUAUUGGUAGUUCUCUACUAGGCGGUACUUUCAAAAGUGGUGAAACAGAAUCUUUUGGAAGUAGACGCCAAGCCGAUGAUGGGUCUUAUAGCGAAAGUCGAACUGAGUACGGACGCUCUGGAGAUCGUUACGGCCAGGCCGAAUAUUCCGAGAGUCAACAUACCGGAGGAGGCGAGAGUCGGGAGUACCGUCGUUACGAGCAAGAUGACGAUGGUCGAGGUUAUGGAUACCAAGAGCGUACUGACUCUCGUCCUAGCUACGGUGGUGGGUAUGAGGAGCGCACGGAACGUCGAUACGAAAGUAACGACGACAGCUACGGCGAAUCUGGUGGGUGGAACCGACGCGGAGGCUAUGACAACGAUAACUCUGGCGGACGCCAAGAGGGUUACGGUAGCGAUAACUACCGCCGUGAAGAGCGUUCGUAUGAGUCUUCCUAUGGUAAUGAUCGAUACGAGCGUCGCGAGGAAGGUUCGGGAUAUGGCCGCUCGGGUGGAUACGAUCGUGAGGAGAGCUCUGGGUAUGGACGUUCUGGUGACUACGGCCGCGAAGAGAGAUCCGACUACGACGACCGCCGAGAGAGGCGUCGCGACGAUGACGGUGGAUCAGGUGGAUUCCUAGAUCAAGUUAUAGAUCGCGUCGGCGACGCUCUUGAUGAUGAUAAUGGCCGCCGCCGUCGUGAUGAAGGAGGUAGCGGAUGGGGCUUCUAA